GGCAGUGGUGGGAGGGCCUAGCUGGGGUGAGGAGGGGGCAGCUGUGCCGUGCAGUCUGGGAAGCUUGGGACCCACAGACGCCCCUGUGCAGAUGGCCGGGUGAGCUACCCUUGAGGGACCCGGGACAUCCCAGUGCCUCCAGCCCCACAGCAGUGCAGCCCAAGCUCCCCUGGCCUCUCCUGCUGGCUCUGGCUGCCUGGUUGUGCAGCCUUUCUCUGGACUCCAAAGUUCCCACUUGGGGUACAGAUGUAUCACCGUGGCCUGCGGUCCCAGUGGACCAUCUGAGUCCAGGAGUCUUGAACACCACUCUGAAGAGCCUGGCCAGUAUUGGGAAUAGUGUCCCUGGGGUGUGGCAUGUCGUCUGCUAGCACCUUGGCCACCAGGGGGCCGCCUCUGGUCAGGCUCUUCACCCAAGUGGACCUCUGUCUGGGCUGCUCUGGCUGCACCCAGCGCCUCAAUGAGAGCACCUAUGUCCUGUCCCAGGUGGCACACAGCUGCACCUGUGAGAUCCUUCUGGCUCGCUUUAAGCGAGCUGCUGAGAGAAAGGUCUGGCGUGAGGUGGGCCACCGGCCGCGCUUCCCAAGGCCUUGGCGAUAUAAAGUCUGUCACUACUACAGCCCGGGGCUGGGUUGUCAGUACCACCGAAACAGGUGCACCUUUGCCCGCAGCCCUGAGGAGGCACUGGUCUGGACCUUUGAACUCAAGUACAACUUCUCCCGCCUGUGGCUGAAGGCUGCAGUGCGUGGUGAUGAGCCCCAGAAUGGGCUGUGCGGAGCUGCUAGCAUCAUUCUUGCAGAGUUUGGUGGCCACUUUCAGCUGCUCUGUGCCCACUGCUUCAGGGACCGCCCUCAGCGUCUCCGCCCUGUGGACCCCCACGGACAGUGCCCUGGACAUCGAACAUGCCCCACACUUCUGGUGCAUGUCAGCACCAAGGACCACAAGCGCCAGUUCACUGAAGUACGGCCAAAGCCCCAGAAUGGCCGGCCACUGCGCUACUGCAUGUUUGUGGAGCGUGGGCAGCCGUGCCACCAUGGGGCAGCCCGCUGCCAAUUUGCACACAGUGCUGUAGAGAUGGCUGUGUGGGAGGCUGAGGAGCUGAAUGGGCUCCAGCGGGAGGCCCUGCGUGUGCUCCCCAUCCUGGGGCAAGACAAGCACGUGGCCACCCACAGCCAGCCCUCCCCAAGCAGCCAGCCCCCUGAGGCAGAGCUGUACUGUUACACCUGCCUGGUUACCUACCAUUCUCAGGAGGCCUUUGAGAACCAUUGCGCCUCCCUGGAGCAUGAACAGAUGGUGGCCUUUGACCAGGCUGUGCCCUGGAAGCACCGUGCCCCACCCAUGGGGGUCUCCAAAUUUGAACUCUGCCCAAGGCCUGACCUCUGUGAGUAUGGGGACAUCUGCACCCAGGCACACUCAGAACAGGAGCUGCAAGAGUGGAUCCAGCGAGCAAAGGCCAUGGAGCUGCGGGAGCAGGCAGCCUGGAAGGACGGGCUAAUGUCCUACCAAGCUCGGCUGCUGGCUGAGUACCAGCGCAGCAGCCAGGUCCUGGUGAUGGCCGAGACAGUCCACGGCGUUUCUGUUACCUGCCAUCAGCCUCUAGUCCAUCGGGCCCAAGAGAAGAAGAUCCAGCACAGUUGGGCAUUCUGUGUCCACUCUGAGGCCCCUCUGCUACACGUGGCCUUGCUUAAGCAGGAGCCUGGAGCAGACUUCUCCCUGGUGGCACCCUGCCUCCCACCAGGCCGGCUCUAUGCAACUGGGGAGCGCUUCCGUGUGCCCAGUUCCCGAGCAGAGUUCCAAGUGGGAGUGCGAGUGCAGACCACCUCCUUCGGCACCUUUGAGCAGUGGGUGGUCUUUGACUUUGGUCGUCGGCCAGUGCUGUUUCGGAAGCUGAGGCUGCAGCUGGGCCAGGCCCACUGCUCAGCACCCUGUGUGAGGCCAGCACCUAGCUGUCCUGAGAGGCUGGAGCGCUGGCACCCUGGCAACCGCCAUGUGGUGCCUUGUAUGGAGCAGACAGCUGAGCAGGCAGCCCUGAUGGCCAAGUACAAGAUGCCUACCCUGUCCCUGAAUGCCAGUGACCACAGCCUGGCCUCAGAACCCAUUUCUGUCACCAGCUAUCGGCAGAUUAUGCAUCACUUUCUCUAUGAAGAAGAGGGUGCUCGGCAGCAGUUGGUGGCCAAGCUGACCCUGCGAGGCCAGGUGUCCCUGAAGGCUGCGCUACAGACUCCAGCGCUCGGCAUGCUCCUUGCACCGCCAGGAGCCCUCUAUGCUGAGGUCCUUGUCCCCUCCUCUCUGACGUCUGACACAGACGCGGGCUUCCUUCUGAGCAGGGAGGUCAGCACAGCCCUCGUGGCCCCUGUUCCUCCACCUGACGCCACUGUGUUCGAGGUGCAGCUCGAGAAGCGAGCCAUAUCUGAGCAGACAUUGUGGCUGCUGCUGCCCAAGCACUGCUGCACAGCCCUGGGGCUGCAGGCUGAGGGCAGUCUUGUCUUGGAAGUGCAGUUCCAGAUGGACCCAAUCAACUUCCGGUUCUGGCACCAGGCAGUAGACACUUUGCCCGAGGAGUGCCUGGUGGUGCCAGACCUGCCUGCCUGUGCUCUGCCCCGCCCUUGUCCCAUCCCACCCUUAGUGCAUGGCAAUGACAAGCAGAAGCUGGCCAUGGGGCUUAUUGCAGGCAGCAGCGCAGGAAGCACAAAGCCUGUCCCCCCGUUGCUCAUCUAUGGCCCCUUUGGCACCGGCAAGACCUACACUCUGGCCAUGGCCACGCUGGAGGUUGUUCGGCAGCCCCACACCAGGGUGCUCAUCUGUACACACACCAACAGCGCCGCCGACAUCUACAUCCGGGAGUAUUUCCAUGGCUAUGUCAACAGGGGCCACCCUGAGGCAGCUCCACUCCGGGUGAUGUACACUGACCGGCCACUAAACCAGACUGACCCAACCACACUGCAGUACUGCUGCCUGACAGAGGACCUUCGGGCCUUCCGCCCACCCACGAAGGCAGAGCUGGAGGGGCGCCGCGUAGUGGUCACCACCACCUCGCAGGCCCGUGAGCUCCGGGUGCCUGUCGGCUUCUUCUCCCACAUCCUCAUUGAUGAGGCGGCCCAGAUGCUGGAGUGCGAGGCCCUCACCCCACUGGCCUAUGCCUCACCACACACCCAUGUGGUGCUGGCAGGGGACCACUUGCAGGUCACUCCCAGGCUCUUCAGUGUGCCCAGGGCCAAGGCUGCCAGGCACACCCUGCUGUACCGCCUCUUCCUUCACUACCAGCAGGAGGCUCAUGAGGUUGCUCGGCAGAGCCGCAUCAUCUUUCACGAGAACUACCGCUCCACCGCGGCCAUCAUUGACUUCAUCUCACACCACUUCUACGUGGCCAAGGGCAACCCCAUUCAGGCCAGUGGCAAGAUCCCACCGCCCCCCCAGCAGUACCCACUCAUGUUCUGCCAUGUGGCAGGCACCCCUGAGCAGGACAUGUCUUUGUCCUCCUGGCUGAACCCGGCGGAGGUCACACAGGUGGUGGAGAAGGUACAGGAGGUCUAUAACACGUGGCCUCACUGCUGGGGCGCCCGCGAGCAGAGGAGUAUCUGUGCUGUCUCACACGGUGCCCAGGUCCACGCACUGAGGCAGGAGCUGAGGAGGAGGAACCUGGGUGAGGUGUCUGUGGGCAGCUUUGAGACUCUGCCAGGGCGGGAGUUCCGGGUGGUGGUGCUGAGCACUGUCCACAACCGCCACAGCCUGCUCAGCCUUGGGGCAUCCACCUUGGAGUUCUUCACAGAUGCUCGUGUGCUGAACACGGUCAUGACCCGAGCCCAGUCCCAGCUGGUGGCUGUAGGUGACGCCGUGGCCCUGUGCUCCUUUGGGGCCUGCAGCAAGCUCUGGAAGAGCUUCAUCCGUGGAUGCAUAGACCAUCACAGUAUCUUCCCCGAAGGCUUGUCCCUGGCGCAGAUUGAGCAGAGUGUGGCCCAGAGGCAGCACUGGGCCUCUGUGGCUCUCAGAGCAGAGAGAACCUGGGCAUCAGUGGCCAGGGGCCCAGCUACAGAGCACACAGCUGUGGCAAAGGCCCCACCAAGGCCUAUGACCAUGAAUAGUAAGGCCACAGUGAUGGCGAAGGCCAGGGACACAGCGCUUGGGGACACAGACCCAAGUGGGGCAGCCACAGCACAGGCGAAGGCAGCAUCAGGAGGGCAUUUGGCAAAGCAAGGCCCAGCGGCAAGACCUGCGACCCCAGAGCAGGGAGCGUCUGCGGGCGCUGAGGGCCCAGAGUCUGACUUCUGGCCCUUCGACUAUGAGCUCAAUGCUGAUGAUGCCAUCCUGCAGGAGCUCCUGGAUGAGAGCCGACAGGUGACCGUGACUGUUGGGGAGGACGGGCUCUUGGACACCAUGGCCACAUCUGCAUCCCCACAGCAGGCCAGGCAGUACACGAACCUGCCUGUGGCCACGCUGCGGAAGCUGAUGCACUCUGCCCCACAGCUGUACCGCCGUUGUACCUUCCUGAAGGAGACCUUCGAGCGAGCCUCAGCUGUCCCCCUGGACGAGGCGGGCUCCAGCCCCAUCCAGGUCAGGGGCCGCCUGAACUGUGGGAUGGCCUUCACUGGCGAUGAGGUGCUGGUGCAGGUCCUGGGCCAGCUGGCUGGGGAGCAGGGUGCCCCCGGGAGGCUCCAGGGCCGCGUGGUGGGCGUGCUGAAGAGGAGGAGAGACGAGCUGGCGUUUGUGUGCCGGAUGGAUGAGUGGGAUCCCCGCAUCAUGAUCCCCAUCAACAGCUCUGUGACCAAGAUCUUCGUGGCUGACCUGAAGGACCCACUGCAGGUUCCCCUCCACCGCCUCCUCCAGGGCCAGGUGCAGUGUGUGGGGCACAGGCGCCUCACUGCAGAGGACAGGCGUACCCGGCUUUUCUGGGUCCGCAUCAUCCUGUGGCGGGAACGCUUCUACUAUCCCCUGGGCAUCAUUCUGGAGGUGCUCCCUGAAGCCACCAACUGGGAACAGGGCCUCCGUAUCCUUGCUCUGGAGCACAGCUUGCGAACCUCCUCCCCAGACUCGGCCUCCAUUUCCAAGGCACUGCAGAAACACCACACAGAGCUCGACCCAGCUGUUAGCCACCGAGAGGACUGCCGCAGUUUCCUGACCUUUACCGUGGACCCCCAGGGGGCUUGCAACCUGGAUGAUGCCCUCAGUGUCCGGGACCUGGGUCCCUGGUAUGAGGUGGCUGUGCACAUUGCUGAUGUUGCCAGUGUGGUGCCCAGAGACGGGGUGCUGGAUUUGGAGGCCCGCCAGCAGGGCGCUGUGUUCUACGCCCCUGGUAGGGAGCCAGUGUCCAUGCUGCCAGCCAGCCUGUGCCAAGAUGUGCUCAGCCUCCUGCCAGGCAAGGCCUGCUUGGCCAUCUCCCUCUUCAUUACCCUGGACAAGGGCAGCAGUCAGCUCAGGGGCCAUCGCUUUGCACCCACAGUCAUCUGCUCCCGCCGGCAGCUGUCUUACGAGGAAGCUGAGGUUCUGAUCAGGGAGCACCAGGGCAUGGGCAUGCAGCUGCCAGCUUGCCUGGACUCCGUGGAAGCCUGCGUGGUGGCCGCCUGCUACUUUGCCCAGGUGUUCCGCCGGCGGCGCUUACAAGCCACAUGCCACUAUGAGCCCCCAGAUGAAGACAGUGCUCUGGGCUUCCGUGCAGCCCACAUCAUGGUUCAGGAGUACAUGAUUCAGUUCAAUAGCCUGGUGGCUGAAUUCCUGGUGGGCAGCAAGCACACACAGAGGCUCACACCCCUGAGAAUGCAGCCCACGCCCCAGAUGGCCCAGCUUGAGCCCGUGUUCGAGAGGCACAGAGAGCUGGUGCCUCUGUCCCUACACCUCCGCCACCACCUGCGUGGCCACAGCAGCCCCAAAGCACAGCUGCACCUCCUGUCUUCCCUUUGGAAGCACAUCCAGCUCGCUGCCCACAGCCAGGAUUAUGGCCAGAUGGUGGACCUCAUCGCCACUGAUGACAUGCACCCCUCCCUGGCUCCUGCAGGCCUGGACCUCCGCAGAGCCCUGGGCCGCUCUGUUUUUGGCCGCUCCAGUCAGAGUGAACAGCAGUCGGUUGGCCACUACUCAUUGCGAGUGGACUGGUACACGUGGGCCACGUCCCCUAUCCGCAGGUACCUUGACGUGGUGUUGCAGCGGCUGAUCCUGCUGGCGCUGGGCCAAGGGGGUUCUGCAUACUCCUCCAGGGAAAUCGACAGACUCUGCCAGGACUUUGCCCGACGGCAUGCAUGUGCCCAGAGCUACCAGCGGCGGGCCUACAGCCUGCACUUGGCCACUCAGCUCAAGGCCCAGCCUCAAGACAAGCUAGGCUUCGUAGUGGAUGUGGAGCCAGGCACCCGCUGCUUCAAGCUACUCUUCCCUGCUAACCGAGAGACCCUGCCCGACCCCUGCCCUGUCCACUAUCACUCCCUGCAGCUAUCCGAGCACCCCCAGAACCUUACAAACCAGCAGGGCCUGAAACUUGUGUGGCGGCGCCGCAUCUACUCUGUGCAGGAGUCCAAGCUGCCCUCUCCACUGCCUGGCACUCUGUUUGACCCACAUGUGUGGAACAUCGAUGCAACCCUGUGGAGGAAGCUGCUGGACCUGGUGGUGGAGGAGCGCUGGCUGGAGGCAGCCACCCUCAUCCAGGAACAGAGAGGGAAUGAGUGUCAGAGGCGGAAGCUGGUGCAGGUGCACCGGAGCCCCUGUGGCCACUUCCUGGAGGUGGUCCGGGAGCUGGGCAGCGGGGACACUCUGCAGGUCCAGCUCUGUGCCAGCAUGCAGCGGGGCUUCCUAGUACCAGCUCUGCAGCUGUGGGCUGUGGCACCUGGCCUCAGUCUCUGCCUGGAACAUGUAGAGCAUCCAACCAGGUGCUUCUCAUACCACGCAGAGCAGGCCUCACGGGACCGGUACAGUGAUGCAGACAAGUACCUGCUUGUGUGGGGACCCCUCUGUGCCCAGGAGUCUGUCACCAGUGCCAUUGCUAUGAAUGAUUCUGUUGUGCUGCAGCAUGUGUGUAUUUCCUGGGACGUGGAGCAGACGCAGCAGGGGCAGCUCCAGGGUGCCUUCCACCUGGACCCUGAUUUCCUCGAGGAGAAUUGCACUGACAUUGACUUCAGCUGCUGCUACCUCUGCAUCCGGCUUGAGGGGCUCCCGGUGCCACCAACAAGGCUGCCCCCUGAGCCCUGCAUCCUUGGCCCUCCCCUGAGCAUCGAUCCUGACACAUAUACCUGGGUGGCUCAUGGGCUGACAGACAGGUGUGACCAGGAGGACCAGGCAGACCAAAAGGAGGCCCCCAGGGGGGUGCACUUCGUCAUCCACCACAUGGCCAUGGAGAAAGUGCCCCAAAGUGUGCUGAUGUGCAGUAGCCUGUUCUCAGUGGAAGUGCUGCCCAAGCAGCUUCCUGACCUCCGCAAGGAAGAAGCCAUACGGGGGCUGAAGGGGGCAUCCCCGCUGGUUCUCAGCAUUGCACUGGGCCAACCCAUCCCAUGGCCCCGGGGACUCUCCCACCAGCAGCCCUCCCAUGGGGGAAUACCUAAGAGGUUCCAGAAGCAGCAGACCUAUGACAUUCACAGAAGUGGCCACAAGCUAAAUGCCAGCCAGAACAGGGCCAUCAGACUGGCUCUGGAGAAGCCCUUCACAGUCAUCCAGGGCCCGCCAGGCACAGGGAAGACGUUUGUGGGCCUCCACAUCAUCUUCUGGUUGCACAAGUCCAAUCAGGAGCCAGUGCCAGGCAGGAGGAGCCCCGAAGGAGAGGAGCCCCAGGGCGCCCCAUGCAUCUUAUACUGUGGCCCAUCUAACAAAUCCGUGGAUGUCCUGGCAGAAAUGCUCCUGCAUUGGAGGAAAGAGCUGAGGCCUCUGCGUGUAUACAGUGAGCAGUGUGAAGCCACAGAGUUCCCAGUGCCGGGUGUGGGCAGCAGGGCCCUGCACAACAGGACCUCCAGGGAGGGGAGGCCAAGCCAGACACUCAGGAGCAUCUCCCUGCACCACCGCAUACGACAGGCCCCCAACCCAUUUGCGCAAAAAGUCAGAGAGUUUGAUGCCCGGGUGAGCAGAGGAGAAGUCUUCUCCAGGGAGGACCUCAGCUUGUAUAAGACGGUCAUGUGGGGUGCACGGAAGUUUGAGCUGGCCCAGCACUCUGUCAUCCUGUGUACAUGCUGCUGUGCGGCCUCCCCUGGCCUCAGGACCCUCAACGUCCGGCAGAUUCUCGUUGAUGAGGCAGCCAUGGCCACCGAGCCCGAGACUCUCAUUCCUCUAGUGCAUUUCACUGAUGCUGAGAAGGUGGUCCUCCUGGGGGACCACAAGCAGCUACGGCCUGUGGUCAACAAUGAGCACGUGCGAAACCUGGGCAUGGAGAAGUCCCUCUUCGAGCGCUACCACAGGGACGCCUACAUGCUGGACACCCAGUACCGCAUGCAUGAGGUCAUCUGCACCUUCCCCUCCAUGGAGUUCUAUGGCGGGAGGCUGAAGACCUGGCAGGGCCUGCAGCGGCCGCCUAGCAUCCUGGGCCAUGCGGGCAAGGCCAGCUGCCCUGUCAUCUUCGGCCACGUGCAGGGCCGUGAGCAGAGACUGCUGGUGACCACAGAGGAAGGCAAUGAGAACUCCAGGGCCAACCUGGAGGAGGUAGCAGAAGUGAUCCGCAUUGCCAAGCAGCUGACACUGGACCAGACAGUGAACCCCAAAGACAUCGCCAUCCUCACCCCCUAUAAUGCACAGGCUGCAGCCAUCAGCAAGGGCCUUAUGCAGGAGGGCAUCACUGGAGUGACUGUGUCCUCUAUCACUAAGAGCCAGGGAAGUGAGUGGCGCUAUGUGCUGCUAAGCACUGUCCGCACGUGCCCCAAGAGUGACGUGGACCACCGGCCGACCAAGAGCUGGCUUAGGAAGUUCCUGGGCUUUGUCGUGGACCCCAACCAACUGAACGUAGCCAUCACCCGGGCCAAGGAGGGGCUCUGCCUGAUUGGAGACCAUGUCCUGCUGAGCUGCUGCCCACUAUGGCGACGUCUCCUGGACUUCUGCAAGGCCCAGCGGAGCUUUGUGCCUGCCAGCAAGGUGCAAGUCCGCAGGAAGCCUGCCAUGUAGCUGUGAAGACUCCCUCCAGGCCAGCCCUGAGUGCCAGAAGUGUGGGCCUGUGGCAGGCAGCAGACUGGGAGGACCGGAAGCAGGCCCCACCCGAUCUUCCUGUUUGUGCGUGAACUUGGGAGGAAGGAGAAAGGGUGGGACCAGG